GUCCCUGACAGAUACCUACCACACUGAGUGCACCAUUUCAACUCCCGCCAAGAAUUGCAUCCCCUCCAACAACCAAAAGAAAGGAACCCCUUCUCUAAUCUAAAUCCUCUUCAAGAGAAGCUUUACAAGCCCAAAAGGAAGAAGCAAAUUUGUACCACAAAAUUGGCCAUGGUGUGAUGGUGUGUCUUCGUUCAUCAACUGCAAUGGCCGGGAGGAUUUCUCGGUACACUGCUUUGUUCUUGGCAGUAUUGCUGGUUUUGAGCUCUACUUGUGAAGGUGUUCGGAUGGCGCUGAAGAAUAUGAACAAGCCGUGCGAUGAAAUUUACGUUGUUCGUGAAGGAGAGACGCUGCAAACUAUCAGUGAAAAAUGUGGGGAUCCAUAUAUUGUUGAAGAGAACCCACAUAUCCAUGACCCAGACGAUGUUUUCCCUGGCCUCGUUAUCCAGAUUACUCCUUUCAAAAAUCGCUAGUCAUGAGCUUCCAUUCCUUUGCAUCAUUGCACGUUUGAGGGCAACAAGUGGUGCAAGGACACUUAGCUCAUCAUCACCACCACCACCACCACCACCACAGCCUCCAUCGUCAGGUUUCUAACACAUCAAAGCUCUUUGUCUUUGGGGAUUCAUAUGCUGAAACAGGCAACACCGCGA